UUCUGUGGUUAGGUGUCGCGGAAGUCAUUUUGGAUUCCUCAAUUAAAUUGAAGAGCCAUAAUUUUUAAAUAUACGUCCAUUUAAGCGAAAUUUUGACGAAAAAGUUCGCUAUCAUGGCUGAAUCUGAUGGUAAAAAACUUAGUGAAUUGAGAGUCGUCCAUUUAAGAAUUGAAUUGGAGAAAAGGGGAUUGGAUCAAAAGGGAGUGAAGCAAGUGUUGAUGGAUAGAUUACAAAAGGCUCUAACAGACGAAGGUGAGGAUCCAGAGACCUAUUUGUUCAAUCCUUCAGAGGAGAAGGUCCCUAGUAAGAGGCUAUCUGUUUCUGGUAAAUCUGAAGCCGAGAAGACUGAAGAUUGUAAUAAGGAAAAACUAGAACAGAGUUUCACAGAAACUGAAAAGGAAACUGAUAAUGAGGAUAAAAGCCAGCAGAAAGACGACGAUCAUGAGUCUCCCAUUACAUUAACUUUGGAAGAGGAGGAAAAGAUUCAAGAUGAUGAAAACAUAUCGGAGACGACUACAAAGGAGAAAUCAGAAAUAGAUGAGAAGAAAUCGGCAAAUGAAGAAGAAACCAAGGAGGAAAAAGAAGACAAGUCUACAUCGGAGGCUGAAACUACGAAGAAGGAAGCAGCAGAUUCUUCUAGUGGUGCAGAUGGCAAGAAGGUCCCUAGUAAUGCGAACCCUCGCGCUAUAUGGAUCAGUAAUGUAGCUAUGAAUACACGUGCUUGCGAUAUAAAACAGGCUUUAUCGCAGUACGGUAAAGUUGUGGGUGCUAAGGUUGUAGUCAACGCUAAGUAUCCUGGAACCUGCUGUUUUGGCUAUGUAACCAUGGGAUCUGUCGAAGAUGCAAAUAAGGUCAUUGAAAAUUUGAAUAACACAGAGCUCAAUGGCCACAUCAUCAAGAUAGAGAAGUUCGACGUGGUUAGGGGUGAGCAGCUGAAGCAGGGCAAAAACGGAAGAAAAUCCCCCGAACGUUCCAAAUCCUCUUCGAGGAAGGAUAAGUCGCCGGCUCCCCAAUCGUCGUCCAAAGGCGCAAAGGAGGACGACGCGAAAAAAUCGAACGAUAGCAACGAAGAGAAGGAUAAAACGAAAUCCACCGAAGCUGAGAAAUCUGAGAAAGAGAAUGCCGAAAAGAAGACUGAAGAUAAGGAGGAGAAGGAUGAUAAAGGGGGAGACCGCAAAGAGGACGACAGUAGAAAGAGGCACGUGUCCAGUGACAGGAAAAGCCGCGAUAGUAAAAGGACAUCGAAGGAGCGUACAAGCGUUAGAUCACGAUCUCGUGAUAAAAAGAAUAAGGAAAUUCUUACUUUCGAUAAGAUAAGAGAGACCCGUGAACGGCAAAGGCUGAGGGAAAAGGAGCGUCUUCUUAGGGAGGAAUCCCGUCGUAGACACGAGGAGAGACUACGCCAGAGGGAGAUAGAACGUAGGCAACGUUCAGAAGCGGUCAGGCUAGAACGGGAAAGGGAGAAACUGCGCAUCGAGAGGGAAAAAAUCGAAAGGGAGAAGAACGAACUGAUCAGGUUGGAGCGUGAGAGGCAGAAGAUAGAGCGCGAAAGGAUAGAACUGGAGAAGAUGGAGCUGCAGAGGACGAGGAUUCGUUUGGAAGAGGACCGAAGGGCAGCAAAAAGGCCUGCCCCUUAUCGAAGGGACGAGUCUUUUGAUGAUAGAAAACGGUCUUCCGACGGUAGACACUUCAAUGAACCCCCUCCACCCCACUUUGAGAGCAGUUCCAAAUUGAGAGAUGCGAGUCCACCGAAGAAGUUCGCCACCAAGGAUUACAAGUCUCUGUAUGACAAGAGGGAAAUAUCCGAUAAGAGGAGUAGCAGAGAAUUCGAAUCCGAUCGCAACAGACAUUCCUCGAGCUCUAUUGGCGGCAGGCCCAGUUCUGGGAAAUUCGAAGGUAGACCUUAUGAAAAUAUGCGUGAUCGAGAUAUCCACGAACGCAGUAGAGAUUCUAUUCCAAGUGUCAGCUCAAGAGUGACGAAAGACCACAGGUUUGAGCGCGAAAGAGAUCGUAGCCCACACUAUCGCCCAGGGGACAGACGUGUUAUGUCUGAUGGUAAGCCUAAAAUGCCCACAUCCUCGUCUAGACCAUAUUCAAGCUCAUCGGCUGAUCUGCCUCAUUUCGAUUCGAGGGGACCUUCGUCAUCGUGGAACUCGCCAUCGCCAUCAAAACCAUUCACGAAUAAUUCAAAAUGGCCUAAAGAUGACUCUUGGCGUUCGAAUGCACCAUCUGACAGGUGGAAUAACUCUGGAAGGAACCCCAACUUUAGUGGGGGGUCCAAUUUAUCUAUGGCUCCAGCUUGUCCUCCACCUCCAGCCAUCAACAACUAUCCAGAUCGAUUUGAUUAUAAGAUACCUAGUAGUAUAAGAAAAUAUUAAGGAAACCAAUAGUUAGUCUUUUCUGUUGUAAUUUAAUUUUGAUGGAACAGUUUUGAAUACAAGUUGUUUGUAGGUAUAGAUGUUUUGGAUAUCCCUGAUACAAGGAAACUUUGUAAAUAUGUUUUUUUGUAAUUCAAUAUUUUACGAGUGCAUUUUAUGUUGUCAUGAUUCAAUAAACACCAUGUAUUGAAUAAAUAAUUUUUUGGCAA